AUGUCAACAUCUGCAAUCAACAUGCGUAUGUCUCUCUCUCUACUUCAAAGUUCCUUGCCCCAUCCAUUUCGAGUGAGCAAGUUAUUGAUUUUGAAACUAGCUACAUCGUCCACCAGCGCAAAUAUGGGCGUAGAUCUUAAACCAACUGGAGAAGCUUCUGCAAAGCCCAAGUUUCUGGAAAAGCCGUGCUGCGUAUGUAAAGAUGAGAAAGCUGCUCGAGACGAAUGUAUGCUAUUUAGCACGGCCAAGGAUCCGCAAGUAGCUUGCGCAAGUAUGGUGGAAAAAUAUAAGAGUUGUAUGGCUGGUUUUGGGUUCAAUUUGCCAUGA